AUGAAGACUACAGGCACUGUGCUCCUGUUUUUGAGUUUUUUUGGACUGAACUCCAGUGUCUACAGAUUUCACUAUUUUGUGAAUCAGUAUGUGAACUGGAACGAUGCACAGAAGUACUGCAGAGAGCACUAUGAUGAUCUGUCCACUGUCAACAGUCAAGAUCUAGAACCACUUUCUAAAACGUAUUAUUAUAUUUGGCUUGGACUUCAGGCAGAUGUCAAUCUAAAAACUUGGAAUUGGUCUGAAGGUGGGAAGGCAACAAUUAAUGGAUGGGCAUAUGGAGAAACCAUCUUUUACUAUGAAAAAUGUGCUUAUCUUUAUAUGUCUUAUUUAUAUGGUGCUCCUUGCUCUUGGGCAAUACCAUUUUAUUGUAUGGAGGUCUAUGAGCUGAUCCUGGUUCAGCAAGAAAACACAUGGGAAGAGGCUCUGGACUACUGCAGACAAAACUACAUUGAUCUGGCCAUUAUAACCAUUGAGAUGAUUAUGACAGAGGCGAAGAAUAAAGUCACAGCAGCCCAGACCGAAGAUGUGUGGAUCGGCCUACGCUUUUUAGCUGGUCAUUGGUUUUGGGUGAAUGGAACAGAUCUAAACUACUCGGCCUGGUCUGUGGAGGGAGAGCUCCAGUGUCCUGCUAUGAACAAGCGCUGCGGAGUUUUGAAUAGAGAUGAGAAGCUUUGGAAAUCCACAGACUGUGAUCGGAGACUCAACUUUCUCUGUGUCAAGAAGGCAUAUGUUAAAUGA